CCUCGCCAAGGCCUCCGCGAUCGCUGCGGCUGCCAAGCGCCGGCUUGGUACCUGAGCAGGCCUCGGCUUUUGGUCGCACACGCUGGAGGCUCGCAAUGUGAACGGACGGAGGAGGCAUUCCGCCCCGAUCCGUGUCCGAAGCGGCCACGAGUUGCUCGUUGCACUGGCGUUCGAUCACUCAGUCUUUCGAGGGCCUGGGUUGGGCUGUGAUGAAGACUGUCAACUAUCCUGACGCGGAAGGGAUGCGGACUGCGGAGCGCCCAUUCGGCGUCUCAGUUCCCUUCCGUGGUGGCAAUGGCAUCUCCGCAUACCCACCACACGCGAGCGAGACCCACGCUAUCGCCACGACCCCAAGCAAAGGGGAAAUGGGUUCGCCUAUCGUGCGACACCCGUUCGAUCUGGCUUCUGACGCGAACAGCCAUCAGACCAUCGCAUGAAUUGCUGCUCAGCACUUGGUUGCUGCAGUGCUACUGUAAUGGAGCGUCCGCACGCGUCCACCUUCCCCUCUUUCUGCUCAGAUUUUCGUAAAAGUAUGGCCUAGACCCUUAGCCUUCGAGCGACGACAGCGAUGACAACAAUUAGGCACCGCUUGUCUUACUUCUUUCCGUCGCUAAUCGCGUACUACCUCAUCAACGCUAGGCCUGAGCCUACCCGCGAUUGACAAGAAUGAUUCUUCGCCGCGCGUAUCAGCCACAAAUGUGCCAUUUCUGGCUUGGGAGCAUAACGAC